AAAAGUUGUGACGGGCUGGGUGAAAUCAAUCACAUUCCAUUCGAGCCUUCCACCGAUAACAGUGUGGAUUUACACAGAACACAAUGAGGAUCAUAGCAUCGAUUUUGGCAAUAGUGGCCACCGUGGCGUCACAAAAUGUGGUCCCAGUUCCCCCUCCUGGCCCCAUUCUACCACCAGUAGAACAGCAAGAGUACGCACCAGUCCAGCCAUUGACACCGCCAUUCAACGUCGCUCCGGACGGAUUCUACGGCUACCAGCCCUACGCCAACGCAGUGCCGCAACAAACUCCGUUCAACAAUUUCUCUCCUGUGCCAUACCAGUACCCGAUCGCUGCCUACCCCCAUCCGGUUUAUCCUAACCCAGCCUAUCCGCAGUUCCCGGGCUUCCCUCAGUUUCCCCAAUUCUUCCCUCAAUUCCCUAGUCCUUUCCAGCCAUCCGUUCAUCCGGUUCUUCAACCGCAAGCUGCCCCACAAGCAGCUCCUCAACCGAAUUCAGCUCCCGUGCCCUUCGUGAACUUCCAAAUUCCCCAGGCGACACCACCUCAGCAGCUACUGAGACCUGCUUCCGUCCCACCUCAGAGAGUCAACGGCCUGACGAAGCCGGUGAACACUCCGCAUGUGAACAGCAACGCCAACCAGGCCUACGGAUCGGCGUACGGAAUGUAUGUGGCUGCUCCUGUAGCCACCAGUCCCAAUACGGGUGCUCGAUACGAAGCCGUGAGUGGCGAUACGGUCCAUACUGCGUCACUUCCGGGACACGGAAAGGACUACAAAGUUGUGAGUGGACAGACAGCCCCCGUCCGGGCUCCGGUCACGGGGAAGCAAUGAUGAGGGAAAUGAACAAGUGGAGUUCUACCCGGUUAGUUUAGUUUGAUAAGUUUAACGUGAAGGUACAAUAAAAGGUAACAUAAGUUACAA